UCGGCGCUGAACUCGUCUUCUCUGUCCUCUUCGUGAAGCCUCUGUCUUCGAGCCCUCUCUCUUUUCCUCUCUCUGUGUCCGAGCUCACUUCCCUUCCUUCCUCGCCGUCACUUCCCUUCCUCUCUCGCCGCUGAUGGCGAGAUAUUGAUAAUACAAAGUAACGCACAGAGGAAUCAAUGCAGUUAUAAAGGUGAAAAUCUGUUCUUCACUUAAUGCUUUUGGUCUAUAAGCUUGCUACAGACAGUAGAAAUUCAAUUAUUGGAACAAUUUUAUCAACAAUAGGGGUAUGUUGAGGAAUUUGCUAAAAGGGAAUGUUUGGGGGGGUACAUUUGAAAUUAUUUAUGGGUGGGUCAUUGAAUGAAUCCUGACCCUUAGUAGUUUGAGUUGUUUCUUUUCUUCCCCUAAUGACAUGAAAGCAUGUACCAAGAAAAUCUCAUGCCGAAGCUUUGCCAAAUUGACACAUCCAAAACCGCACCUUCAUGUCCGAACCCCCAUAGACGCUUCCAUCAUCAAGACAGGCUUCAUGCCCCAAACAUGCCGUUUCAAUUUCCUGAUCAGGGCCUGUGUUCAACGUGGCGAAUUGCGCCGUGCUCGGAAACUGUUCGACGGAAUGCCUCACAGAAACACUUUCUCUGCUAACAUGAUGAUCAUGGGUUACAUACAAUCUGGCGAUCUUGCCACUGCAACUAACUUGUUUGAUGGCAUGGAUGAUCGCAAUGCUGUUUCCUGGACAAUGCUGAUUGGCGGCUAUGCUCAGAACAAUAGGUUUCGUGAAGCCUUUGGUCUUUUUGUUGAGAUGUGUAGGCAUGGAGUUGAACCAGAUUAUGUUACAUUUUCCACUCUCUUAUCUGGGUUCACUGAGUUCGAUUCUGUCAAUGAAGUAACCCAGGUUCAUGCCUAUGUCGUUAAGUUGGGGCAUAAUUCGGCCAUGGUAGUUUCCAACUCAUUGCUUGAUUCUUACUGUAAAACCCGCAGCCUCGGGUUAGCUUGUCAGCUGUUUGAGCACAUGCCUAUGAAGGAUUCUGUCACUUACAAUGCAUUAAUGGCAGGGUAUUCAAAAGAGGGGUUGAAUCAUGAGGCCUUAAACCUGUUCUUCAGGAUGCAGGAUUUGGAGUUUAAGCCUACAGAAUUUACUUUUGCUACAGUUUUGUGUUGUGGGAUACAGUUGGAUGAUAUAGAAUUUGGGCAACAAGUUCACAGUCUUCUGCUGAAGACUAAUUUUGUGUGGAAUGUGUUCGUGGCAAAUGCUUUGCUUGAUUUCUACUCGAAGCAUGACCGGGUUGCUGAAGCACAGAAACUUUUUAAUGAGAUGCCAGAGUUGGAUGGCAUCUCUUACAAUGUACUUAUCACAUGUUAUGUGUGGAACGGAAGAUUCAAAGAAUCUAUUGAACUAUUCAGGGAGUUACACCUCACUAGAUUUAACAGAAGGCAAUUCCCAUAUGCUACGUUGCUGAGCAUGGCUGCAAAUGCAUUGAACCUGGAAAUGGGUAGGCAAAUUCAUUCCCAGGCUAUUGUAACAGCUGCCAUUUCAGACAAUAUGAUUGGGAAUUCUUUGGUUGACAUGUAUGCUAAAUGUGACAGAUUUGGGGAAGCAAAUAGGAUUUUUGCAAAUUUGGCUCUUCAAAGUUCAGUUCCAUGGACAGCCCUGAUCUCGGGUAAUGUUCAGAAGGGACACCCUGAAGAAGGUAUAAAGCUAUUCAUUGAGAUGCAAAGAGCUGAAAAGACUGCAGAUGCAGCUACCUAUGCCAGCAUCCUAAAAGCCUGUGCAAAUUUAGCCUCACAGGCUCUGGGAAAGCAGUUACACUCACACAUAAUUAGAUCAGGAUGCCUUUCAAAUGUAUUUUCUGGGAGUGCACUGCUUGACAUGUAUGCGAAAUGUGGAUCCAUCGAAAAUGCACUUCAAAUGUUUCAAGAGAUGCCAGUUAGGAAUUCAGUCUCCUGGAAUGCACUGAUUUCAGCUUAUGCACAAAAUGGAGAUGGUGAAAAUACUCUUAGGUCAUUUGAACAAAUGGUUCAUUCAGGUCUGAAACCAAAUGCUGUUAGUUUCCUUAGUGUGCUGUGUGCAUGCAGCCAUUGUGGUCUAGUUGAAGAAGGAUUGCAAUACUUCAACUCCAUGACUCAAAUAUAUGAAGUUACUCCUAAACGAGAGCAUUAUACUUCAAUGGUCGAUAUGCUGUGUCGGAGUGGGAGAUUCGAGGAGGCAGUGAAAAUGAUGGCUCAGAUGCCUUUUGAACCUGAUGAAAUAAUGUGGUCAUCAGUUCUAAACUCCUGCAGAAUCCAUAAAAAUCAAGAGUUGGCAAAGAAAGCAGCAGACCAAUUAUUUAGCAUGAAGGAGCUCAGAGAUGCUGCUCCAUAUGUUAGCAUGGCCAAUAUAUAUGCAGAAAUUGGUGAAUGGGAAAAUGUAGGGAAGGUGAAGACGGCCAUGAGAAGCCGAGGAAUUAGAAAAGUGCCGGCUUACAGUUGGGUCGAAAUCAAACACAAAACUCAUGUUUUUUCAGCAAAUAACAAGUCUCACCCACAGAUGAAAGAGAUCACAAGGAAGCUUGAUGAUCUGGAGAAGCAAAUGGAGAAAGAAGGGUACAAGCCUGACUUAAGCUGUGCCCUUCACAAUGAGGAUAACGAACUGAAGGCAGAAUCCCUUAAAUAUCACAGUGAACGCAUUGCCAUUGCAUAUGCACUGAUCAGCACCUCAGAAGGGUCACCGAUUGUAGUAAUGAAGAAUAUAAGAGCUUGUACAAAUUGCCAUGCUGCAAUCAAGGCAAUAUCCAAGAUAGUUGGUAGGGAAAUCACAGUGAGAGAUUCAAGUAGGUUCCAUCAUUUCAGAGAUGGAAUCUGCUCCUGUAGGGACUACUGGUAGUGUUUUCAGGAACACAUGAUGAACAUGCCUGUAUUUUCUUUAUCCGGGCUUCUGAGUUCUCAGAUUGAGCUUUCUUUU